GUGACCCCGAAGCGUCAAACAACCUUAAGGACUUCCAGUUUUUUUUACAGGUGGACCGCGUUCGAAAACAGGAGUGACAGGGAAGAAUGGUAACUGAAAGUUGCGGAAAAGGGAAGUCCAGUCUAAUUAUGAUAUCCAAAGACUACCUAUUAAAAUUACCUGAAUCAUCUACUGUAACUAGCAUUAUAUCUGCUUCAUGCAAAUGUGUAAGUUCGACUAUAACUAGCACCCUAUCAAUUCCAGGAAAAUGUGUAAGAUUGACUGCUUCAAUUAUAUCUAACACUGUAUCAUUGCCAAGAAAGUGUGUAAGAUCGACUGCUUCAGUUAUAUCUAACACUGCAUCAUUGCCAGUAAAAUGUUUAAGGGAAAUAAGAAGUCAGACACUAUUGGUAUGGCACUACAUUCAAGAUGCUGAAGAAAUCCUCAGGAGACGCAAUGCUGAGGGUCACAUUCUUCAAAGAGAGUGGAAUGAAAUGCUUAGCUGUCAGGAUAUAGAGACAGUGGAUCAAAGCACAGUACAUGGUGAUCUGCAUGUGUCAGAAGACAACAAAAUGAUAUCAUUCCAGCCAGCGUGUCCUGGUGAAAGAGUGGAGUGGCCCUGUGCUUUGGCUAAGAAGUUGGCAAGCGGGAAGCACUGCUGGAUAUUAGAAGUUGGAGAAAAAAGUAGCUGGGCUGUUGGGGUGGCUUCAGAAACCAUUUUGAAAAACUUGUCAAUUCCUGAAUUUUGUGAAGAAGGCUACUGGUAUAUCAAGCUGUUUAAAGGGAAGAAAUUCCAAGCCUUUUCAAGCUCUAUUACUGACCUUAGCCAAAAACCCAGAAAAAUUGCAGUGUAUCUGGACUUUGACAAGAGUGAACUUUUAUUUGUUGAUAUGGAGACACAAAUGACUAUACACAAAUUUAAGCAGCAGUUCUCUGAAAAGUUAUACCCUGUGUUCAGCCCAGGAAUACACGAUAAAGGCCCACUUAUAUUGCAAUCCAUAUCCCAAAAAGUCUCUUCAUCACUUCAUCCUCAACACGAUGUUAAAGAAACCCUUGGAAAACUCACUUCUUUACUACUUCAGCUGCCAUUUGUAGCUUUACUGCUUCAGCCGCAGAAUGAUGUUAAAGAAAUCCUUGGAAAAUUCACUUCUUUACUACUUCAGCUGCCAUUUGAUGUUAAAAAAAUCCUGGGAAAAUUCAUCUUUUUGUUACGCCAGUGGCCGAAUGAAGUUGAAGAAAUCCUCAGGAGAUGGAAUCCUGAGGGGUUCGUUCUUGAAACAGAGUGGAAUGAAAUGCUUACUUCCCAGGAUAUAGAGGAGGUGGAUCCAAGAACAACACAUGGCGAUCUUCAUGUAUCAGAAGACAACAAAAGGAUAUCCUUCCAGGAAAAUGUAAAGUGUCCUGGUGGAAGAGCGGAGUGGCCCUGUGCUUUGGCCAAGAUGUUGACAAGUGGGAAGCACUGCUGGAUACUCGAAGUUGGGGAGAAAAGCAGCUGGGCUGUUGGGGUGACUUCAGAAUCCGUUUCAUCAAUUCCUGACUCUUGUAAAGAAGGCUACUGGUAUAUCAAGCUGUUUAAAGGGAAGAAGUUCCAAGCCUUUUCAAGCUCCGUUACUGAUCUUGGGAAAAAACCCAAAAAAAUCGCAGUGUAUCUGAACUUUGACAAGGGUGAACUUUCAUUUGUUGAUGUAGAGGAACGUGUCAUCAUUCACAGAUUUAAAGAGCAGUUCUCUGAAAAAUUAUACCCUGUGUUCAGCCCAGGAAUACAUGACAAAGGCCCCCUUAUAAUGCAGCCCGUAUGCCAAAAAGAUGUUAAAGAAACCCUUCGAAGAUUCACUUCUUUACUACUUCAGCUGCCAUUUGAAGUUGAAGAAAUCCUCAGGAGAUGGUAUCCUGAGGGGUUCGUUCUUGAAACAGAGUGGAAUGAAAUGCUUACUUCCCAGGAUAUAGAGGAGGUGGAUCCAAGAACAACACAUGGCGAUCUUCAUGUAUCAGAAGACAACAAAAGGAUAUCCUUCCAGGAAAAUGUAAAGUGUCCUGGUGGAAGAGCGGAGUGGCCCUGUGCUUUGGCCAAGAUGUUGACAAGUGGGAAGCACUGCUGGAUACUCGAAGUUGGGGAGAAAAGCAGCUGGGCUGUUGGGGUGACUUCAGAAUCCGUUUCAUCAAUUCCUGACUCUUGUAAAGAAGGCUACUGGUAUAUCAAGCUGUUUAAAGGGAAGAAGUUCCAAGCCUUUUCAAGCUCCGUUACUGAUCUUGGAAAAAACCCAAAAAAAUCGCAGUGUAUCUGAACUUUGACAAGGGUGAACUUUCAUUUGUUGAUGUAGAGGAACGUGUCAUCAUUCACAGAUUUAAAGAGCAGUUCUCUGAAAAAUUAUACCCUGUGUUCAGCCCAGGAAUACAUGACAAAGCCCCCCUUAUACUACACUCCAUCCCACAAAACAAAACCAAUUGAAAACGAGAUCAUUCAGAGCGCUAACUGAUAUUCAAUAACUGUAUAUAUUAUUGUAUUACUAGCUGUAAUAUACACUAACAUGUCACAAAAGUUUGGUAUGGAGAAUUUUUAUCUAUUUUUUUAAUUUUUCGUGCUGGUGGUGAUCUACAUUAGCUGUCAAGUUGUUUUUGCAUUCAUCACAAUCUUUAAUUGUAAAUUUUUGUUUAGUACUAACAUCAAUAGAUAUUAUUUAUGACACAAUAACAAAAUGAAAAAGAUUAAUAAAACUGCACGUGGCUAUGCUUGUGCCGUACUCUAAGCUCUGAGGUUGACGUAACUAGAUAACGUAUUGUGCUGCAGCUAAAAGAGAUCUAAACAAGUCACGCUCCACUCUGGACAGUUGAAACGUCUGACAGUCUUAGCGCAGCGCUUAAGUGUCUUCAUCUCCUGCUUGUCUCACUUCUUUCCAGUUUCUUCCCUCACUUGAUUCUGAUAAUGUCCACGCCGCCUGCCUACUGCCACUCAUUUUUAAAAUGGAGCACAGCCAAGCCUGCCAUAACACCCACACGAGUCCACACUGAAUCACACAAAUCCUGACCCACCCUUUGGAUUCCUAAAGGAAAGUGUGAGGGAAGACUUUAACAAUCCAGAAAGGACCUCCACAUCCUGGAGUUUUAAAUUGGACCAGGAUGCAAAAAGUAUAAUAAGAUUAACAGAAGGCAGACCACUGGUGUAUAAUUAGCUUGCUGCAUUUAGUUUGUUUUUUUCAACUUUGACUGGAGUCUGUAAAGUUCAAUAAAAUAUCCGGAUUGUUUUUAUACUACAAUAAUAUUAGCAGUACACAUAAUUUGGUAACAAAUCACCUGUGUAGUGGAUCUGAACUCUGCUUACGUAUUAAAAUCAUGUUGUUUACAGAUUGAGAAAUUAAGCUGUUGGUGGUCAAAGAUAGAACAGCUUAUUAAUAUUACACAAUAAACUUUUGCCAAACAUA